AUGAAGACUAUAAAAUCCUGCAAGGCAGAGUUCCCCAAGCCCGCGAGGCGAAUCGCUGGACAACGGCAGGAUGUCUGGACCACCAUCAAUGAUGCUGCCGCUAGGUCGAUGGUCAAGCCGGUAGUCAAUAUGGGCCAGGGUUUUUUCGGUUACAACCCUCCGCAGUUCAUCAUGGACGCGGCAAAAGAAGCAGUUACGAAAGUAGACUCGAAUCAGUAUUCGCCAACAACAGGAAGACCGUCACUUAAGCGCGCCAUAGCGGAGUCGUACUCUGAGGCUUUACAGACUAAGAUUAACCCAGACACGGAAGUGGCUAUCACGACGGGAGCCAAUGAAGGUAUGAAUCUAACCGUGCCGGCAGCGGACAGCUAUUGA